AUCUGCGUGGUCAUACAGCAUCGUGCAGAGAAGUCACAAGAUUGGAUUUUCACCGACGCCGUAACCCCCAAAAACAAACUCACUUCCGGGCAAAUUUGAAACUUGUGCGAGUUGCGUGCGUAUGUGUGUGUGUUUUCCGGACUGCUGGAAUCACCGGGCCUAAGUGCCCGAUGAGCGUUAUCUAUCGACCUGAAGUUCUGAUAACGCAAUGUUCGUAUUGUAGGUUCGCGAGCCGAAUAUGGACAGAUAAGUGUACAGGUGUCGGCGUUGAUGGAGAAACGUCACAUACCUUUUUAUAUGAGGUCUAGUGCCUUUCAACGACGUUCAACGACGAUCAGUUCGCACACGUUGGUGAUCGGUUUUGGACGUUUGGUAUGACCGUGCGCUCCUCGUUUGCCGCUAGAGCUAAUGGCACCCUGAACAUAUACACCCCAGGAAGGUGACAACUUGUGCGAGUAUUUUCGUACAUGCCGGAAACACUGUGUCGUUAUUCGUGAUAUGUGGCUGAUUCAUAGGCAAAUUCUGUGAAAUUGUAAUUUCUUCACAGACCAGACUAAUCUGGUUGGCUUCCUGAAAUUGUGUCUCGAUUUCAUAACUUUAUUGUGGCCGGUUGACCCACGAUAUCUUGCCCAGGAACGGUGUGCUUACGGUGCGUGUGUACGGAUUUCUUAUCAGUGUGCAUCGAUAGCGACAGGCUGGGCAAUGUUUAUCCGUAGAACGUAAACCUAUCGUGCCGGUUCCCAUUGAUAGCAGCAUAAAAUCGGUACAGUUUGGUUUCUCGUGCGGCCUUUCACAUUAGUCGUUCAUCGGCCGAAGUGUGCAGUGUGUUUGCAUUCCUGAACUGGGAAGUGGUCGCAGCUAUUCGCAAGUCAAGUGUCUUAAGAAACGCCGGUUCGAUGGGCCGCUCGAGAAGUAUACCGCAGUCGGUGUGGUUGGUAUUGACCGUGUGUGGUGUGAUGUUAACCGUGGCAAGUGCCCUCGACGGCAGUGGACAAGGUGAGUCCACGUACGAAGAAUACGAUGACGAGAGCCCGUACCAGGGCGGCUAUCGGGCGGAAGACUUUGACAGCCUGGAAGACUUUGCCGUCCACGAGGAUGUGCUCGAUCCGAUCACUGACGAUGACAUUUCUUACUCAGGAUACGAUUACGAGGAACCGCUGGACGACAAUGGUGCGUCGUCUGUGAGUUCCGUAGUGACCGCACCCUCGACCGAAUCCAUACUGCUUCAACAUGCGGCACUCGGGAAUGAAACGAUUAGUGAAACGAAAGCAAAGCAAUCCACCUUGGUGGAGGAUGGGCAGAGUACGCCACACCCCGGUGACAGCGUAACGGGGAUGGUCGAUCCAACGUCCACAACCUCAGCUCCGGAAGAUGACAAAAGUUGCCGGGGUCGACAGAAAUUACCAACACAGCCGACGUUUCUUAGCCACGAUGCCAGCGUUAUCAGAAAGUGCUGUCCACGUGGUGAGAGUCUAGAACGUGAACAUUUCAAGUACGUGUCCUGUCAGCCUGAUGCACGCAGCACGAUUCUACCCCAAGCGAUAAUGGCCCAAUUUUAUCAAGAUUGCAUCGAAGACCUAGAGGAGGACAUACAUCUGGAUGUGCGGGUCGGCGAUCCAUGUUCUACUGAGCCCGGUUUGGUGUCGUUCGGUGAGCGUACGAACGAUACGUUGUACAUCAUCCAGAAUGGUUCGCUGCUGGUAAUUUAUGGCAUUAACGGUUACGAUGUGUACGAUACGUACUGCCUGGAUUACGAUCGCGUCUACGGUACGCUGGUCGGAUACGUGUGCGCAUCGCAGGUGCAUGUGACGGCUGACCUUGUAAAGGGCCAGCUAUUUCUGCUCGCCAUGUGUCUAAUCGUUGCCGUACCGGUGUUGAUCAUUACCGCAGUGCUGUAUACCAUCAUACCGAAUCUGCACGAUCUGCACGGUCGAGCGUUGGCGCUGAACUGCGUUAACUUUGCGGUAGCUCUGCUGCUCGAAUGCUUCUUCCAGUAUCGUAACCGCGGGAAGCGAAUGCUGCUGGAUGACAUGGUGCUCGAGAAUUAUGCAGAAUAUUUCAUACUGGCCACAUUCUUCUGGCUGCUGGUGAACUGUGCGAAUAAUUGCUUUCAUGCCUGGUAUUAUGUGCCGGCGGGGAAGAAAUUCAACAUGCGAGAAGAAAACCAACGAUUCGCGGUAUAUGCACUGUUUGCGCAACUUAUCCCAUUGUGCAUCAUCCUGAGCUACUCUAAAACAUCCACAGGAAUGCCAGCCAUUAAGCACUAUCUGUUCAUACCGAUCGGUGUGACGUUGAGUUUGGGUUUAAUUUGUAUCGUGGCAACAUCAGUUAGAGUGGGGCGGUUAAAGGAGAGCUACUACGUCUGCCUUGACAUACAGAAUCGUUUAAAAGAGGCAGGGCGUACAGAUGAAGUGGCCGACUUUGAGCCCAUUUCCAAGCGCAAAGUGGACAAAGUUAUCUACAUGUCGAAAUAUACGGUACCACUAUUUGUCGUGAUGGGCACCACCUGGACGGUGAUGGCAGUGACGUACUACGAAACAUACGAGCUGCCAAUCUUCUACGACAUUCUGUUCGGCUGUCAGGGUAUACUGAUGUUCGUCAUCUUCGUCUGCAUGCCACGCCCGUUGAAAACGAUUAAAGAAUGGUCCGUUAGCAAAAGGUAUUGCAUGUGGAUGUGGGAAACGGUCCCUGUGGCUGAGCCGAAGAUAGAGGAGCAGGCACCGAUCAUGCGACGAUUCGCACCUGUUCAGAUGGCUGCAGGGGCUGUGCCAAUUCAUACGGAAGUAAACGUUACCGAUAUCCCUGCGGCGGAGACAAAACGUGUUAAACGCAGCAAAAAUCCUUUCACCUACCUGUAAAAACUAUAAUGAACGUGUUUUUGUGAUGUUUGUUUUCGGUUCGGUUUUUAUCAUUACGGUUUUUUUUGACGACACAUUGCAAACACAUAUCGUUGGUUGAAGUAUUAAUUACAGCAAAAUGCUGAUGGCGCUGUAAUGUCGAAAUACAUGACUAUUAGGUUAAGGAAGCCAUAAGCUCAUACGAGGUUAGGCCCAUGUGCCGGUGAAAAGAGAAGCUAUAGGAAUAGUACUUGGAACGAAUUGAAUCCAAUAGGUUAGAAUAGCAUACUACUACUACCUACUUUCUGUUUUCGAAAAUGAAAUAAUUCAUUUAACUUUUAUUUAUAAUUCGUUAAUACGAGGGUUAACGUGUACGUUCGUCUAUCGUGUGUUUAUGUUUCGGCUUUACAAGAUCACCAAAAACAAGAAAUUAACAAUGUAAACUUUAUGAUGCUACUUGUCUAGUAUUCACUUGAAAAUUGGCAUUAAUGGCUCUAGUACUCGCUUACUAUUAAUGCUAAAUAUUGCCCGGCGACGCAAAGAUGGUGUCGUUAAGGUUUUUUUUUUAUUUUAUUUCAGUAAGUUUUUUAUAACUAUAUAUUUUCUGCAAGCAACACAGGCUAGUCCAUGAUCAUGUACACGCUAACGUUUGGGCUCUGUUGUCUGAGUGUGCACCAGGGGUUUAUAAGCAAUCGUAAAUGUACAACAAAUAAAAACAAAUGUACAAAAAAACAAA